AUGUGGCUCUACGUAUUCAUCGUCGCUUUGGCUUUUCUUGCCGCCUGGUUAUACAAGCUAAAUCGGGAUUAUUGUGUAAUGGCGUUUUUUGCCAAGCGCUUGAAGACCGUUGACGGCACACCGUUGGAGCAUAUUGUACCGCAGGCGAAGGCAGAGACAAUAUUCGCAAAUGUUUUCGAUUGUUUUGGCGCUGAUAAUGUUGUACUCUUCGAUAGCAGUCGCAUCUCCGCGGCCACUCUACGCAAAAGCUAUGUGGAAUACAAUUUAUUUACGACUUUCUACAAUGUGAUUACCGCCGAAGAUGCGGAAUUAUUGCUGAAUGAUAAGAAUCUGAUUACGAAAGGUAUUGCAUACUAUUUCCUCGAACCCUUCCUGCACACGGGUCUAUUAACAUCAACAGAUAAAAAAUGGCAUACGCGCAGAAAAAUGCUAACACCCGCCUUUCAUUUUAAUAUACUUGGACAGUUUGUGGAGGUUUUCAAAGAGGAAAGCCAAAAAUUCGUGGACCAACUGGAGGCCAUAGAUAGCAAUUCGGUCACCGUAAACGAAAUUAUACCAAAAUUUACUUUGAAUAACGUUUGUGAGGCCGCUUUGGGCGUUAAACUGGAUGAACAACUCGAUGACCAAGAAUAUCGCGCGAGUUUUAAAAUGAUUGAGGAAGCCUUUAUUUUGCGUAUCAGUAAUCCCUUCUAUAUGAUCGAUACUAUAUAUGAUAUUUUUAUGGCACCUAAAAUGAUGAAACAUCUGGAAACCGUGCAUGGUUUCUCCAGCAAUAUCAUACACAAACGUCGACAGUUGUUCGCCGCAAAAUUGGAGCAAAGUCCGGUUAAAGAGGCAAAUGAUGAAGACUUCGGCUUUACUAAAAAGAAGCGCUACGCCAUGUUGGACACACUUUUGCAUGCUGAACGUGAUGGACUCAUUGAUCAUGCGGGUAUUUGUGAGGAAGUGGAUACGUUUAUGUUCGAGGGCUUCGACACCACUUCGAUGGCGCUGAUAUUUGCACUGAUGAACCUCUCGCUGUACCCAGAAAUGCAGCAGUUGUGCCAUCAAGAGUUAGUCGAGCACAUAGAAGAUGAUUUACAUAAGCUUGAUGUUAAUGAUCUUGGCAAACUGAAGUACCUGGAGUGUUUUAUUAAGGAGACUUUACGUCUCUAUCCUUCAGUGCCGGGCAUAAUGCGCAAGGUAAUGCGCGAUACCAGUCUGGCCAAUAAUGUCUUCUUGCCCGCAGACACACAAAUCUCCAUACACAUUUUUGAUAUACAACGUGAUCCCAAGUAUUUUCCGGAACCAGAUAAGUUCGACCCAACACGUUUUACACCGAAAAACUCAGAGGGCAGGCAUCCUUACGCCUAUAUACCCUUUAGCGCCGGUCAACGAAAUUGCAUUGGUCAAAAAUUUGCAAUGUUGGAGAUAAAAACUUUGCUGGUUUAUAUCUUGAAGAAGUUUAAAAUUUUUCCUUUAAUGGAUCCAAAAGAUUUGCGGUUUGAAACUGGCAUUAUUUUAAGGACACCAAAUGCGAUCAAAGUGAAACUGCAGAAGAGAUCAAGUUCCUAAACCAUCUUAGAACAUAUGAAUGGACGAUA